ACUCAGUUAAACGCUUGUAUGUUUACAAACUUUCUGGAAGGAUUGAUCUGCGCAGUAGUGUGAUAUGUAAAAGUUUGUGGAGGUACUUUCCUCAUACAGAAAAUUUCUUGAAAGGGGUAAAGAUCUGGUAUUCACCGACAAAGAGAGUGAUUGAGGGAUUCAGAAAGAAUCAACAUCUUACAGAGGCGGGAGAUAUACAGAAAUGUAUAGAUAGAGCCAAAACCUUUUUGAAAAACGGCCGACUGGUGUAAAUAAUCAACAUAAUACUCAAACACAAGUAAGGUUGAUUUGAACACCUAUCAAUACAGGUACAUUUAAGAAAGAAUUGGAGGGAACAGCAAUCGAAAGGCAAAGGAGAGAAUAUUACAGACAAGAAUAAUUUGUGACCUAAGACAAGGAUGACUACCAAACACAUUUAUCUUCUUGAUGCCAUUCACAGAGGUGAUGAAAACAGGGUGGUUAGACUGUUGAAGGAAGGCUGUGAGCAGUACACGAUUGAUUCAGCCUUGUGUUGGGCUAGUCGCUAUGGACAUUUGAAAAUUAUUGGGCACCUGUUGAGGAGUGGAGGAAAUACCAAUGCUAUAGUAUGGGGUGGGUACACUCCUCUUCUUUGGGCAGUGAUGUACUCAUCAAAGACAGAUGUGAUUAAGACCCUUCUUGAGGCAGGAAGUGACAUUAACCAUGCAUCUUUGAGAUAUCGUCAGACCGCACUGCAUGCCGCAGCAAUCAGGGGGAGUGUGGCCUUCACAAGCUUUCUCCUGGAAAAUGGUGCCGAUCCUGAUGCACAGGACAGGAUGUUUAAAACACCACUUCUCCUUGCUGUUCACAAAAACCACCGAUCUUGUGCAGCACUACUCAUAAAGCACAACUGUGAUGUGGAUUUGUCAGGUUGGGUGUCUGGGCGCAGUACCACGCCUCUGACCCUUGCCCUGGUACGUGGAAAUCUUAAAAUAACCAAAAUGCUGUUGCUGGCUGGUGCUAAAUUCUGCGACCCUGCAGUUUACCACUCAUACACCAUCACCCAAUACUACAAGACAGUGGAAGACAACCUGGAUAUCGAGGUUCGACCGGUGUACCUACAACAGCAGUGCAGAGUGUGUAUCAGGCACCUCCUCAAACCACACUUCCUGCAAAAAGUAAGGGAGCUAGCUCUACCUAAACCAUUGAAGGGAUUUUUAGAAAUUUCAGAACUUGACAGUGUUAAUCAGUCCAUACAAUGAUCUCGUGUACAGCUUAACUGCUAGAUAUUUUCCCAGUCUCAUCAUUUAUUUGUAUUUUAAUUGGUUUUAAUUUCAAGCUACAUGUAUGAUUGAUGAAACUAGCUAGUAAUAAUUACACAGCAGGAAAAUAAGACUGUAUACAGUAAUCAUUGUUGACUUUAUAUUCUCCCUCACUAUGUUCGUUGGCAUAUAAAUUAAUCAUACUCCAAGAUAUUUUAAAGUAGUGGUCUGGAAAACAAUAGAAACACAAUCUGCAAUGCUGUUUGUUUGAACAUUUAUUUUUUAUAUGUAUGUAAUCUAAUCCCACCGCCAAGACAAAAUAUGACACAUAUUAUUGCAUGUAAUACCUUGCAUACAUAUUUGAUUUACUGAUUUCCAUAUCACCACCCGGUUCUACGUUCUAAAUGAUCUGAAGAAUUUACAUGACCAUAUCACGUGAUACAUACACUGUACGCGCUUUACUGCCCACAAAGCACUUUACACAAACUAGAUACCCACAACGAAAAUAAUAUUAAGUAUGAUGUAUAUAUCUUUUUUUGCAUAAUUUUAUGCAUUUCUAAUCAAAGUCAGAUUUAUUGACUUUUAAUUUUUAAGGACACUUGCUAGAAACAAAAAUAUCAAUGUGUGAGUUGAUAUAUUUUUCUGGACCUUUUCUGAUUGUAAUUACAUGUAGUACAGAUAUCAAGUUUGUAAAGUUUAGGGAACUUGUGAAAUUUCUAUUUUAUUGGGGGUUUUUCCCACAAGUAAUUAGAUGUAAUGAAUGAUUAUUUUCCAUUUAUACUUUUUUUCUUUCAAAAAUUAUGAUUUACAUGUAUUUGCAUAUUAUGAUUAUCAAUAUUGUAAUUUAAUCAAUUACUUUACAAAGUAAUCAACCACUGACUCUCCAUGCAUUAUCAGGUUAAGAUAGCUCCAUCCUCAUUUCUUUAACAUUGCUUUUAAUGUUUAACUGAAAAUGUAAAUUCUUAGUUGUUUUUGUUUUUUUUACAUAAUAGUUUAAAGACUGUUUGACUUUUACCAGCUCAUAAUACUACUUUAAUACAGGACAUUUGUUUUUUAGAUUAUGAUUGUAAGCUAUUAGUGUGAAGUACUUUAGAGAUUUUUUAAAAAUUAAUAGGAGUGUUAUACAACAUUUUGUAUUGUGUUUUUCUGUGAUGUCAUAUGGUUUUUGUAAAAUGUUUAUUUUAUCAAAAUUUGAGUAUGAUAGAAAUAUAUCCCUUGGAGGAAUUUUAUUCACUGGGUAUAGUUUUAAAAGUUUGGUAUUAUUCUAUUUGAUAUUGAAAAGGUUUUUAUUUUCUUUGAGUAAUCAAUUAUUUAUAUUACAAGAAAUGUUAUCAAGGGCAAUAACUCUUAUGAUGGUAUUUUUGUGUUGUAUGUCUAUUAUACAAUGGUCAAUUGAUUUAUAAAUAUUUAUAAAGUUUCAUUUUUUUGUAAGAAACUGUUGACAUUAAUAUUUUGUCAUUUUAGCUAGUUUUUACGUAUUUUUAUCCUGCUGUUUAAUGUAAAUGUGUGAUUUUCUGAUGGGGGUGGUGGUGUUGGUACAUUGUGUAUAGCAGACUUGAACUGGUAGUACUAGAAAUGAGAGAUUUUGAAGUAUGGGCAAACACAUUUUUUCAUUUUUUAUAUUUUGGGGUUUUUCAAGAAUUUUCAGACAAUCAGUGCAAAAGUCAUUAUUCUGCUACAUGUAUGUGCCUUAAGACCACACACCCCCCCUCCCCCACCCCCCCCCCCCCCCAACUUUAAACUCGAGACCUACUUUAAACUCGAGACCUACAAAUCAGUAGAGGAAUAUUAUUUACAAGUCUUACAUGUAGCCAACUUGCCUAUGAAGUUUGACAAACAAAACAUGAAAGUGACAAUCUCUAGUCAAAGGUCAGACAUCUGUUGCUGCCAGUACAACUGUAGGUCCGUGACCAGUGACCUAUAAAAUAAUCAAUACGGGUAAUCUACAGCAACUAGUCAUGACCAUCCUGUCUGAAACUUAAUGACUAUCAGACAAACAGUUCUUUAGUUUAUAUGUAUUUAUAGAUAAGUUCGCUUUACCUAGUGUAUCAUCGAUACCAAAAAGGGGCCGGUGACAAGUUCGCAAUUCAAAGAAGUCUCCCCCUGUAAGUGUCCAUGAUUCGCGAGGGGACAUGUAAGCAAUGGAUAUAUGCUGAAUACAAGUGAUUCAGUAUUCAAGGUCUGUUAGUAGGGCUGAAACGAUACGCCCCCUUCACGAUACGAUACAUAUUGCAAUACUUAUGUCAUGAUUCAAUACUUUCAAUAUGAUACAAUUUACAGAAGAAACCAAUGAUAAUAUUGCAGAAAAGUUUAAUUACCAAGAUUUACAUUCAUAAUUUUAAAAGCAAAAUGUUUCCAAAUUGCCAAAUGGUAAAAUGCAUUUUGGCUCUGUAGUUUAAAUUGAUAAAGUUUAUUAUUAUUUUCGUAAGACUCAAGGUAAACAACAGUCUGAAUGUUAUUUAACAUUAUUUUGUCCCUCAUGCAGGUAACAAAAUCAGUCCGAACCUGAUGUAUUUUACUGAACCAGUUUAUAAUAAAGGUAUUGCACCGAAAAUUGAGGCAAUGAAUUGAACAUUGAAUCAAGGGUUUAUAUUGAACAGUAUGGAUAUUUCGGUGAAUUGUUUCAGCCCUAACUGUUAGGGCAAAAAACAGUAUGAUAAUUUCACUUAUAUAACUGUAUGAGGCAUAUAUACCAUACUUAAAAUAUUGCCAUUUAAAUGUGCACAAGUUACCUACAACACGAGAGGAAUUCAAGCAUGAAUAUAUUCUAUCUAAAACCAUUAUAUAAGUCUAGACAAAAGGAUAGAGAAAGAUGCUGUUUCUUUCGUUAGUAAAAACUGAAUUCUUUUGUUCAUCCAAGGACAGCUAAUUUAGUGUUGCAGGAAUUCUUAAGAUGAAGAAUUUUUUUUGACUUGGAACAUUUUCUGUAAAUUGUAUGAAAUCUGGUAUUGACAUGGUAUUCGAUGAUGUUAUUCCCUUGGAAAGUGAAAAUACGAGUUUUGAUUUGAAGUUUCAGCUGUAUUUAUUUAUAUAAUAUUAAAAUUGUGAAAAGAG